CACUAUUCUAUAAAUCAAAACCUCUCAAUCACUUAGCUUUGCUUCCCGGCGAUUAUCUAAACGAAUUCAAACAAAAAAGGUUCAUCUUUUUUUUUCCCUGGGGUUUUCGAGUUUAAGCUCGCUCCAUCUUUUGGAUGCGAUCAAUGGUGUAUUCUAAUGAGAGAGACAAGGCGAUGGAACCCGAGAGAUCGAAGCCACUGCAUAAUUUCAACCUGCCUUGUUUGAAGUGGAGCAAUCAAACGCAUCUCAAGCUCGGUGAUGCUUCCGCUCCCGCCGACUCAUUGCGCCGUCCCCGUCGUCAUGUGAUACGGGUACGCCGAUCUGCCUUCGGGAUUUCGAUACAGGGUGGUGGAAUGCGACGGCCGGAACAGGAGUCGUGUCCCAAGAAACACGAUUGUGGAAGGGAGGGCCAGUUGAAGAUGUCAACGGGAGAGGCGGCGGAGGGGAUCGGGGCGGUUAGAGAGGAGAUCAUGAAGGAUCUGAAAACAGCGGCGGACGAUAUCAUGGGUGCGGUUUUUAGAGACGAAGUUCCCGUUGACGAUGAGUUGAAGGAGAGUAAACGGAAGGGAAAAGAGAUAGAGGAGGAGGAAUCGCCGGCUGUAGAGGUGGAAGCGAAGAGGCCGUGGAAUCUCCGGAAAAGACGUGCCGCGUCGCAGACUACGAUUGUCGGGGAAGGAGCUAACAACAUUUAUAGUCCUCCGUUGGCGGCAGUGGCCGAUAAGAAAAGACCACGACCGAAAUUCUUGGUCUCACUUUCAAAGAAAGAGAUCGAGCAGGACUUCAUGGCGAUAACCGGGCGUCGCCCUCCGAGUAGACCGAAGAAACGGGCACGCCACGUUCAGAAACAAUUGGAUUCUUUGUUUCCCAGAAUGUAGCUGUCGGAGGUAUUGGAGGAUUCGUACAACGUCCCGGAGACCGGCGAAAACGGCAAGAAGUAAUUACGGAGCAGCAACAAGCUGGGAGGAAAAUUUCAGACCUUUAUGAACUGGGAAUUUCAUUAAAAGGAAGCUUUAGUUUCAGUUUUAUUAUGAUCUUCAUUCUUCCUCUUCUUCCUCCUCUUCAAUCUUAAUUGAAUGAACU